AUGGCAGAAAAAAUCGACGAAGCGGUCCUGAGCGUGACCAAGGGUGCCGAGGGAUUCACCACUGACUUUCACAAGAAUGAAGAUUUGUUCAUGGUAAUUGUAGUCCCUAACGCUAUUGACGGCUUGGAAAAAAUCGAGAACAACCUCGAGAAACUCGAGCUCCAGUAUGAGCAUUUUAAAUACAGUCGCCAAGAAGUUAAUCUUUCGUUACCUAAAUUCAAAGUCGAAUCAACACACGAGUUAAAUGCCCACUUGAUGGAGUUGGGUAUGAACGAGAUAUUUACGGAAAGAGCAAAUUUCAAGGGCAUAUGCGAUGAAAGCGUCAUGGUUUCGAAAGUUAUGCAAAAAGCUUUUAUCGAAGUCAAUGAAGAGGGCAGCGAAGCAGCUGCAGAUACACAAAAAGUCACUCUGAAAAUUGCCAACAAAAUUUAUACCGCCGACGAUGUCAAGAUCAAAGAUAGUUUUAAGAAAAUAACCGGCACGUACUUUCGAUCCGAGAGUGAAUCGUUGAAUUUUAAAAAAAACGUUGAAUCUGCCAAAGCAAUCAACGGUUGGUGCGUUGAAAAAACCAAUGGAAAAAUCAAGGAGAUCGUAAAGUCAGAUGAUCUCGACGAAACUACGAGGCUGAUACUUUUGAACGCCGUGUACUUCAAAGGGGACUGGAAAAAGAAAUUUGAUGCAAGAAUAACGAAAGAAGAACUGUUUCAAGUUGAUGCAACGACUUCUGUCAAAGUCCCCAUGAUGUUCAUCAACGACAAGUUUUACUACAGAGAAUUGCAUGACAUUGACGCUAAAGUGGUUGCUCUUCCCUAUGUGGUGGGUAUGCAAUUGCAAUUUUAG